UGGGAAGAGGCGGGCACAGCGCUCGCCAUGGCCGCCGGGGUGUGCCAGCCUGAGUGGCGUCCACUCCACGGUCCCGGGCCGCCCGGGCCAUGCGGCCUCCGCCGCCGUGGCUGCUGUCGCUGCUGCUCUGUAGCCUCGGGGUCGCGGCGCCUUCGCCGGACCCUUCUUCCCAGCUUGCUGCUCCUCUGAACAUGAACAUUUACUCGGUCAAUGAUAAGCAGAUUCUAACUUGGGAGCCCCCGCCCCCCAGCAACGACACAAGCCCAGUGGUCUACCAGGUGGAGUAUUGCUACAUUGGUGGUUCUUGGCAUACGUUCCAGAAGGUGAACUGUACAGACAUCACAGAGACAAACUGUGACUUCACGGAAGACAACUUCCCACGGGCGAACAAGAUCUUCCUGCGCGUUCGAGCCAAGCAAGGAGAGCACACUUCUGACUGGGUCAGAGUGGGUCCAUAUGAAUACUACCGAGAAGUUAUUGUGGGGCCUCCACGGAGCAUUGCGGUGGCCCCAGGAGAGGACUCCUCCCUCAUCAUCAACUUCACCCCUCCCUUUCAUGUGAUCGGUGAGACAGUUUUUCGGUAUCGUGUCCGCUACUGGGAGAAGACAGGAAGCCAGCAGGCAAGGAUGCUUUUCUCCUUUGUGAAAGGCCCGUUCUUGAACAACUUCACUGUACUGGGUAACCUGAAGCCGUUCACGGUGUACUGUUUACAAGUUGAGGCACAGCUGGUUUUGCAAGACAAAAGUGUCCGUCCACCUGGGAUAAGCAACGUAUCUUGUCAUGAAACCACAGCGGGCGCCUCCACCAGGCGUCAGCAAGUCAUCCUUAUCCCCUUUGGGAUCUUCAUGCUGCUGCUGGUGCUCACAGUAGCCUGCUUCUUCCUGUUCCUCAAACACCGAAGUCGGGUGAAAUACUGGUUUCAGGCUCCACCCAGGAUCCCAGAACAAAUAAGAGAGUAUUUAAAGGACCCAGAUCAAUUCAUCUUAGAAGACUUGGACAAAGACAGUUCACCAAAGGACGAUGCCUGGGACUCUGUAUCAGUUGUUUUCUUUCCAGAAAAGGAGCAAGAUGAUGUGCUCCAAACACUAUGAACCAGGGCACCGCUCCCUGCUUACCCA